UGUUUUUGUUAACAUUUGAUCAGUACAUAACUGGUCCUUGGAGUAUAAACUAUAAACCUCUGAACUUACGUAUUAAUUUUAAAACGUGUUUGAGAUAUACAUAAAGCGGAAGUGAUUGUGCUGCUCUAAAACUGUGUUUGUUUUGAUUCGCUAGUGUUGGUAGCACUGAUCGUGCGAUUUUACGUCAGUACUACAACUGUCAUCGAUCUAAUAAUACAAGCGAUUUUAAAUUAUUUGCCAAGGUUUAACAUAAAAUUUAGUGUAUAGAAAACGACAGAACAGUGAAGUAACUUCAUCAGUGUUAUCUAGAAGCUCGAGAAGUUUCUUAAACGAAUACUUUUAUAAAUAAAACUAUUAGUGCGUACGUGACAGCAGACAAAGACGAUAAGUUCGGAGAUAUUAGUGUUUUAUUUAAGUUAAAUAUUAACUGAGACAUAACUUACUGACUGUUCUUUGGGUGUUGAAAAUAGUCAUCAUGUCGUCGUUAGGUGGUCAGUGGCGUGCGAUUAGGCAUUAUUUAUCUAUGACGAACUUGAAUACGGAGGUCGAGAAGCUAGUGCAAAGAAUAAAACCAGCCACCCCGGAGCAAUGGGAAAGUCUUAUAAAGAAAUUUGAAAAGGCAGUAUCUCUCCGGCUAUCACAAGCACAAGUAGAACCGAAAGUAAAAGAAGCAAAAGCCAAUGAACACACAGUUAAUGCCACUACUGUGGAAGAGACUGAGAGAGUGUCAAAGGAGAAAGUUCAAAAGGGUGACGAGAAAGAUGCACUCACAGUGGGGUCGGAAGCUAAGGAAAUCACAUUUGAGGGUUUGUGGGAAGGAUUGAAACUCAAGAAGGACUUGCAUUUUGGAAAAAUGUCCGAACCUAGCUGGAAGUCGAAUAAGCCAUUGGUUACAAAGACCUCUAUCCAUUCUCGCACUGCCUACGUAAUAUCGGCUAUAGUGACAGCAGAAAAUCCAGAAUGUCUGCUCAAAAGAACAGAGCAUUUUAUCGAACAUUUACAACAGUAUCCAGAAGCGAGAGAUUAUGCCAUCAAGGAAGGUGCCGUACGCGCCUUAUUGAGGGUUCAACACAAAAUUAAAUCUGAUGAUAAGCCAGUCACUAUUGAAGUCAAAGGCAUUGUUAAUGAGGCUUUAGCAUUAAUGGGUUAUACGGGCCCCACUAAAAGUAGGGGACCGAACAUAUUAUCAAUAGAUGGCGGUGGCAUUCGCGGUAUAAUUGCUAUAGAAAUAUUGAGGCAUUUGGAAAACUUAACUGGAAAGAAAGUGCAUGAUCUCUUUGAUUAUAUUAUUGGUGUCAGCACUGGUGCUAUUAUUGCUGCUGUUAUUGCGAGCGGAAAUAACUUGGAGACGGCGAAUCAAAUGUAUCUUACGUUGUCGAAACAAAUGUUUGGAAAUACUUCUCUUAUUGGAGGUACGUCUAGACUAGUAUGGAAUCAUUCGUACUACGACACAGACGCAUGGGAGAAGAUGCUGAGGGACAAUCUGAAGGAUUGUACACUAACCGAGUGCAAUCGAUAUAAUGCGCCUAAAAUGUCGGUGGUGUCCUGCGUGGUGAACUCCGGCUCGAAGCUGGCGCCGUUCCUGUUCCGCUCGUACGAGUGCGGGUUCCGCGUGCGCUCCGUGUUCCCGGGCACGAGCCGCGCGGCGCUGUGGCAGGCCGUGCGCGCCUCCGCCGCCGCGCCCACCUACUUCACCGAGUUCAACCUGCACGGGCUGCUGCAUCAGGAUGGCGGAAUAAUGGUGAACAAUCCAACAGCGGUCGGCUUACACGAAGCCAAACUACUGUUUGGUGCAAACUCAUUAAAGAAUGGCACAGUGAUUUCGGUGGGCACUGGACAGGCGCUGAACAAACAUCUAGAUUAUCAACUGCUGAGCAAAGGAUUAGCGAAAGACGCAACUGGUACAAGUUGGAAGGAUAAAUUUAAUAAAAUUCUCGACUCCGCUACAGAUACUGAAGGCGUGCAUCUAUCAUUAAACGAUUUACUCCCACCGGGCAGUUAUUAUCGUUUCAACCCCCCCUUACACGAAGAGUGCGCAAUGGAUGAAAUAAACCCGGAAAAGUUGAAAAACAUGACCACAGACACAUACGCAUACAUGCGAAGAAAUCAACACAAAUUCGAACAAGCGGCCGCCAUGUUGGUUCGUAAAAGAACAGUGGCGCAGAAAAUUCUAGACUUCGUCGAGCAUAGGAGCCAAAUUAUGGGAAUUAUUCCGAGCAAUUGACAAUUAGAGGAUCAGCAGGAUGCCACUUGCUGAUUGGUCGGUUUGAAUUUCGAAGCUCAAUAUACUGUGUAGUUAUACAGUUAAAUUCGGGACUAAAACUUUAUGAAGUGAUUUAAUUUGUGGGAAUAAAAGUGUUAGAAGCUUGAUGAAUGCCUUGAUUUCAUAUACAUACUUUGUAAGGCAAAAGCAAUUUUGUUGGUUGAUUCUUUAUAAGAUAUAUUAUGUAUGUAUCUUUAUAAGAUAAUAUAGUUUAUAGUAUAUGGUUUAAUACCAUAAGCUACUAUAUAUGGUGAUAAGCCUAGAUGCAAUAAUUAUUUAACUGCAUACAGUUCUAUAUUGAAUGUUUAAAAUCGACCGUUUUUCAUGUGUUAUCAAAUAUAUUAUAUUUUUGAAGUUAUUUAAAAAUGUGGUGUACUAAACUAUAUUUAACAUUUUCAGAAUCAAAUGCUAUACUUUAAGAGUAGCUAAUAGCAAUUUAUUUUUAAGUUUUUGAUUAUAUUUUACAGAAAACAUACAAUUUAACAAACAUGAUAUGGUUUUAAAAUCUUUUUAAAUUAAUUCGAAAUGUUUUAGUUGAGAACUUUUAAAAA